AUGACACAUCCAGCACCCGUCGACGUUCCUACACGAGAUCUAUUUCGACUUGAUGGGAGAACUAUCCUAUUGUCUGGAGGUGCAGGCGCAGUAGGCCUCUGCGUCGGAAAAGCCAUUCUCGAAAGCGGCGGGGACAUUGUACUGUUAGACGUCGCCCAAUCCCCCAACGCAGCGCAAUGGGAGGACAUAGAGGAAACAGCAAAGAUCAACAACACGAAGGCAUUUUACUACCAGGCUGACGUCACUGAAGCCGAGACAAUCCCACCACUGUUUGAUAGAAUACGCGAAGACGUUCGGUUUCCCUUGCGCGGAUUGGUCGCGUGCGCGGGCAUAUCGGGUGAAGGCGACGCUGUCGACUACGACAUCAAUGUGUUCCGGAAGAUUCUCGACGUGAAUGUCACUGGGACAUUUCUUGUAGCCCAGGCUGUAGGUAGGGAUAUGCAUCGGGCCAACGUGACUGGAAGUAUCGUCCUCAUAGCGAGCAUGAGCGGAUGGGUCUCGAACAGGGGAAUCAACACAUCCGCCUACAACGCCUCGAAAUCCGCCUUGCACCAACUGACCCGCUCUCUGGCCGCGGAAUGGGGCCACCCGCAGAACACAUUCCCGGGAAGCACGCCGAGCGACACGAACCCGAACCCCUCCAUGGAACCUCGCAAAGCGUACCCGCCUAUUCGCGUGAACUCGCUCAGCCCGGGACACAUCGAGACGCCGAUCAGCGAGGCGGCGCGCAAGAGAGGGUUGACGGAUGAGUGGGCGCGGCAGAAUAUGCUGGGGAGGGUGAGUCAGGUGCAGGAGUUCAGGGCGCCUUGCUUGUUUCUGUUGGGGGAAGGGAGCAGUUAUAUGACGGGGGCUGAUCUGAGAGUCGAUGGAGGCCAUUGUGCUUGGUGA